GUAUCCCGAUGAGAAUCUUCUUCUGGCCGAUCAUGGCAUCGCCAACCACAGGCCAAGGAUAAUCAUCGUCGAUGUCGGCGCCCACACCGGCGAGUUCUCCCAGCAGGUUGUUGAGGUUUUCCGCAGCUUCGGCAUUCGCCGGCAUGAUGGACGUGCAAAUCCCGGCGGAGUGGGGCAGGCCUCUGUGCUCGCCAUCGAGCCCAGUCCGACGGCCUACUCUCAGCUGAUCCAGAACGCGCGCGAGCAAGGCCUUAAUAUUAUCAUUUAA